CCCUGUAAAAAAAAAAACACGAACUCACUAUGAUCUCGCAGUACCCGUUAAUGCGCUCCCUAUGAUGUGUAUAUUUGGAUACCAUACCUAUCAUCAACAGAGCUCAUUGCAGCAGUUUUAUAAGGUUUAAGAUUAUUUUCCCUGCUUGGAUACUAGGCUACUGACUAGGGCAUUGGAUAUGUGCACACGGGAUGAUGAAAACCCCUUUCCUCCCCGCAGAAGUAAGAUAAAAUAGGGUUUCGCUUACAUUGGAUUUACUCCUCUCAUUCCAUAUGAAGAAGCCAAAAAUUUGGAUACGCGUCUGUGUCCAUUUAUUGCUGUGCAUCACACUUGGAGUCCAGUCAAGUGAAUUUGGAAACACCGUAACAGAUGACAUCACAAGAAUUUCACUAUUGAAACAAAAUAUACCUAAAGAUUACAAGAUUCCUGUGACAUACGUUCCGAAAGAAGUGGGUGGAAUGUGUUGGGUAGCGCUAAACGUUUUCCACUUGGAACUCAGUUUACGAGGAUUAGCAGACAAGUUUGGAAGCAUUUCGUCCAACAAAUAUAACAUCAGCAUAUUGAUCGAAAUGCUGAAAGAGACAAGAUAUCACAUGAAGAACUUGGAGGCGAUCACGUAUGAUUUUGAGUGCCACUACAGAAAUGAGCAAUGGCAGACAGGACACUAUUUUCAUUUUGUGGAAGAUUUUUUAAAAACGGCCCGUUUGAAUAGAGAUUUGCCAGAAGAAUGUGAUCCACCUCCCUGUCCCACAGCAACAAUGGAUACAACAAUAACAACACAAUACCCCACAUCAGUCAACUAUCCUGCCAUAGGAACAGAAUUCAACAUGUCAGCACCAGACUCCGAAACCUGGAACGAGCCUCUAAGAUUCCUGCCAGAAGUAGUGGAGAGAAGCCUCCUGUCACUACUUGUCAUUCCUAUUGCAGCCGUUGUAUUUCUGUUUGCGUGGAAGGUGAAAUCCAGGAGGAACCAACAUCAGUCAGAUGAACGGAACUCAGUGGAAGGAGGCCUUUUCACAGGACCAGAAGGGACUUUGGCACCUCCACUAGAUGAACCAUCUGAAAAGAACAGAUUGAACAUCGUUGAGACAGUGUAAUUCAUCAAAUCCUUGGAAAUUGGUGUACAGAGGAAUCUUCUGAGAAAGAGAAAGGAAACAAGCAAACAUAAAACUGUAUUUCUUAUGGAUUUUUGAGGCGAAAGACUUGCUUCUUUCCUGUCUAGAAACUGCCAGUCCUCACAUACUAGAACCAGAGAAUGACAUUGUAUAGAACAUCUUUGUUUUUCUUACAAGAAUAUUAACCCGUCGUCUACCAUCAAAUUUUGUCAGAAGAAGCUGAAAAGGAGACCGGAUUGUCAUGGAAACAUCUAGAGGCACCAAUAACAGUCGAAAUAUGACUCAAAUCACCCAUAACUGCUGAAAACACAGUAAACUUUACGGGACAAAGUUGGUUUCACAAGCACUCCCAUUUGCACUUUGUGUGGGUUUGGCUGGAGUGUAGAUACCAGAUCUACUCAAGAAUGGGCCAGAAAACAAACCUCUACAAAUGGCUUUCUUUUUUUCGAAGAACCCUUUUUGAUUCCAGGUAGAACUCUUUGGGGUUCCAUGUAGAACCCUUUCCACAGAGGACUGAAAAAUGUAUGACUACCUCUAGUCGCCCUCACCUUCCUAAUCUUCUUCUCAGCAUCUCAGCAGCAUUCUACUCCAUUUCUAUCUUCAUCUGGGUCUCCAUUGGACAUUCCCUGAGAACAAAUGUUGAAAUUAGUUAGCUAGAAAUAUUCUCAGAUCUAAGCAUCUGUUUUGUUUCAUGUUUUUGGCCGUGUAUGUACCGAAUGGAUGAGGUUGUGUGAUAUAUUUAUUUAUUUACUCAGAAUGCUAACAGCACCGUGUUGCUUCGGUUGAAAAAAACAAAACAGACAAUGAUUCAGCUUAUCUAUAAAAAUACUAAAUGAGCAGGAAAAGGUCUACAAGGGCGCAUUAUAACCCAUUCUUCUGCCAUGCAUUAAGUUCUCAUAAGCAGCACAUAAGCAUGUAUGAACACAUGCAUUAUCUAUAUUAUUAAGACAGCCAUAGAGGGAUGUACAUAUGUAUGUAUGAUGGUGUGGUUAAUUGCUUAUGAAUGGGUUGUACAAAAGGCUUUGGUUGGAGGUGUAAAUGUACAAAAAAAUUGCUGCUUUGACUAACUUACAUUUUACCCAUUAUAUACAUUAAGAAUUCUCCCUAUAGCAAUCAAUGGUCAAGCAAGGGUAGAUACUACAUAUCCAUAUUGAUUUAGAGAAAAAGUUGAAGGGGUCUGAUAACUCUAGGUGUUUCUAUGCUCUCAAUGCACAAGAAAGAGGUGGACUAGCAUUAAGUAAACCAGCACGCUAUCAGAUUCUGGAGACUGAGAUUAACCACAUGUAUCAUCAAUUACAGUAUAACUCGGCUCUGGUAUAUUGCAGCUUAACCACCCAUAAGGUAUAUUCUGUAUGUUGCAUUUAAACAACUGUAUUACAGUUCAACAACAUGUUAAGGUGGCUCAAAGCUAUGAAUUCAAGGUGAGUUAAAAAAAAUAGUUUUUACUUUUCACUCCAAAUCAAAUGUUACAGCUACAAAAAUAUAGAGCAACCUAUUGAAUUGUGUUUCAAAUAGUUGUCAGUAGCCUAUACAGCAAGUGAACUAAGAGAUUCAUUUCUCAAACAAGUCUAAAUACAAAACCCUGAAUAUAACAACGUUUUUUGAGAGGACCAGCAUCUAAAAUGUACCAUGAUUUAGAAAAGUGAUAUGAUCUGUGAGGAGAGUGUCUAGCAAUUAAUCCAGAGAGGAUGCAUUCCAUGAUUCAGAGAUGUAUCACUGUAACUAUUAUAUAAAUUAGAAGAGUACGUAGGAAAUGAUUGGCAUUUUUGCACAAUUCAGUUGCCAUCUUAGGCAUGAUGAAAAUUGCCCAAUCCAUGACAUUAUGCAAUUGCAUAAAUGCAAGCUCUCAAAUAAGCAUGGACUGCUAUUGUUGACAUACAUUGGCAAAGAGAGAGAACUUAAACCUUGUGUAUUAAGUUAGCCAAUGCAAGCUUAACCGUACUUGUACCAACACAUGCAUUCCCUCACUUUCUCCAUUUGGCGUUCUUACCCCUUGUACCUUGUACAAUCCUGGUUUUCUGUCUUGUUUGGAUUUAUGUUGUUGACUCCAUCAUGAAUACAGGUGAUACAUUCAAAUAUAUCAUUAUGCUGUUUGAUCCAAGUGCAGUUGGAUCAUUGUGCAGUUGGAUCAUCAUUUUAUGCACAGUAUUUUGUGUAUGACAUUUCACAAACUCACCAGGAGACAACAAAGUAAGGGCGACAAACCACUGACUAAAAAAACAACAUGGAGAACAAGAGACCAUCUCGUCAAUAGGUGUUGGUUGUCUCUCAGUGACCAUGAACCAAUGGGAUAGAUAGACCAGUCUGAUAAAAAGUGUUGUAGACAAAACCUAGAGAAGAGGUUUAUAAUUAAUAAUGAUCUCCCACCAAUGGAAAUGACCUGGUACUCAUAUUGGCUUUGUGGCACCACUACGUUAACCCAUUACCCUUAUUCCAAUACAUAAUUGUCACUCUAAUUCAAACAAAUGGACCCUAAGCCUAAGUGAAAGCCAUUUGAAAUAUCAGGACACACAUUAGUUAGAGCAAUAACCCUUUUCAUUUGAACACUAAUACCCCACAACACUAAGCUCUUACAAAUCAAUUCUACACUAAAUAACAUGUGACAGAAGAAUGCAUUCAAACUCCAAAUUGCAAUCUUGUCUGCAUGUAAUGUUUUAGGUGUUGUAUUUUGUAUAGGAAACGGUUCCACUGGUAAAACCUGUUAAUUUCAUCAAGUGUAUUUGGGUAAUUUGCCUAUUGGACUUUUCUCUUAGAAGAGUAUUUAUAGUGCAAAAUGGAGUGAAUGUAAAACAAAUACCACAUUGGUGUUCAUAUAAUUCUGAGCAAAAGUGUCAAUUUCAGCAUGAGUAGCUGAAAACGCUUAGUGUGAUUAACUGUUGUUUUGUUGUAUUAAAGCUUUAAGAGAAUGAUUUUAUCCCCAAAAUAAAUGACUUUGUAUUAGGGCUGUCAGAGUUAAUCACUUGACUUGAGUAAAAAAAAAAAUGUAUGUACAAUUUGUUUUUAAAUGAUGAUUAAUCGCAUUGUCAGUAAUUAUUCAGAAUACAAUGAAAACGUCCAAAAUACAUAAUAUAUACAGCUAAAAACAAACAAUGCAAUGUCAAAACAAGUUGACAAUGAGGUUAAAGAAAGUGUGCUUUAUCAAGUUACUUGAUUUUGCUAACCGUUAUUUUGGACAAAAUCAAGACGACAAAUGCUUUUUGUAUAACAAUUGAGCAAAUUUAGAAUUAACGAUUAAUCACAGCAAAUCCAGCGAUUAACUAGAUUUUUUUUUUUAUCGUUUGACAAGCCCGACUUUGUAAUAAGCAUUGUGAUACAUUGAAAAAUUAAACAUUUUUUAUUGCCACAACAAAAACAGUAUGUAAGCUUCUAAAGAGUCAACUUCAGAAGUUUUGCGGGUGUUUUACAUAUUGUAUGAAUGUUGUGAUGAGUUGAAACAUGGUUUAAGCUGUGAACAGAAAUGUGGUGGCAUCCCCCAUUUUCCUGUCUGUCUUAGAGCCUAUGAACACACAGAGAUAGUCAUUGUCCCAAAUGGCACCCCAUUACCCUAUAUAAUUCACUAAUUUUGACCAGGGCCCAUAGGGCUCUGGACAAGAGUAAUGAACUAUAUAUGGAAUAAUAGGGUGCUACCAUGUUGAAAAGAGCAAGAGCCCUGAAGCACUGUUCUGGUAUCAGUUAUAUGUUAUUUUACUUAUUUUGGUUGAAAUGAGUUGAUCCCUGAACAGUGGUUUUGGUCUCUAGCUUAGUGUCCCACUAUAAAAAUAGAAUUCCAUAUUUCUAAUUAUAGAAUUGGAAUUCUGUGUUCCACUCUUAUAGGGGCAACAAACAGGCUUGUAGGCAGGAAGUUAAUCUGGGUGCCAAAAGAAAACAUCAUUCCGACCCAGGCAAACGCUGGGCAACACUACUGUAUUUUUGUAUAAAUGUAAACAAAUGUAUAUGAUGAGAUAUGAAUAAAGUACACAUAUCCAAAUA